CUUCUCUUCUCUUCCCUUCCCUUCCCUUCCCUUCCCUUCCCUUCCCUUCCCUUCCCUUCCUCAGGAUAUGUAUAUGUGUGUAGUGUAGAUAUACAUAUGUAUACACACUUGGCCAAUAAAGAAUUCUCUUCUCUCUUCUCUUCUCUUCUCCUCCUCUCCUCUCCUCUCCUCUUCCCUUCCCUCCUCUCCUCAGCAUAUGUAUAUGUGUGUAGGUAUACAUAUGUAUGCACACUCGGCCAAUAAAGAAUUCUCUUCUCUUCUCUUUUCUCUUCUCCUCCUCUCCUCUCUCUUCUCAGAAUAUGUAUAUGUGUGUAUGUACUCUAUGUAUGGAUAUAUAUAGAUAUGAGCUCAGGCAUCAGAAUUUCAUGUUUAAUGUGUGCAGUGUGUACACAGUAUGUGACAAUAGAUUAUUUUAUCCACUUUUCUCAAGGCUUCUCAACCUUGGCAACUUGGGGGUGGCCUUCAAACUGACGCUUGGCUGGGGGAAUUCUGGGAGUGGAAGUCCACCCCUCUUAAAAGCUGGGGAUGAUACAGUAUGCCAAGUUCAGACAUCAGCUUGGGGGAAAGGGUGUGUCCCUUUAGGAAAAAAAAGCUAAGGAAGAGCUCUUUGCACAAUCAACUUGUGCAAGCCUGGCUGGCGCUGCCCCCAUCUGGGCGUUCCGGGGAGCGCUCCCCCCUCCCUCCCUCCCUCCCCCCCCAUUGACGCACAUCUGCUAAGUCAGAGCCUGCUGCUCCAAUCGGGCCUUGCCAAUUGCAACUGGAUUUCUGGGGUACCCAGGCCUGUCCCAGCCAAAAGGGGCUGGAAGGCGGGGUGGAGGGUGGGAAUCCCCUUAUCCAUUUAGCCCAGCCCUGUGCAACCCCCCUCCUACCCUUCCUCCCCCUCCCCCCGCGGGACUUUCUUGCGGGAGUUUUGCUAAGUCUGCGCAGCCUUGCAAAUCGCCCCCAGUCUCCGCGCGGGUGCUUAGCGCGGCCGGAGAGGAAGGGGGGGGGUUUCUCUCCUCCCCCCACCCAGGAUUCCCGGCCGUUUAAGAAACCCCUUCCCCACUUCUGGUAACCCCUCCAAGGCCCUUCCCCGCCGUUGCAGAAAAGGCUCGGCGCGCAAAGAGAUCCUGCAGCAGCAGCAGCAGCAGCCACCGCCAGCAGCGCAGCGGGCAGCAGCAGCAGCACGUGUCGGCCCGCCUCGGAGGCGCCUCCCCGGCCCGCCCCACCGGCCCCCUGGCCGGAGAGCCAGAGGAGGGACGCUCCCCCGGAGGCUCACAUGACCGAGGCCAGCGAUGGACCGAGAAGAAGGGCCCGAAGCGAGCCCGGGAGGAGCCGCCGACUUGGGGGAGCCUCCGGUCAGCGACCCCAAGGAUCCAGAAGAACCUCCGAUGCAGAAGCCUCCAGGAAGCCCCUUGGUCCUUCCUCACACCUUACAGGAGCUCUUGAGCAAAGACAUCGUCCAAGUGCAGUUAAUCCCGGAGAAAAAGGGCCUGUUUUUGAAGCACGUGGAGUAUGAAGUCUCCAGCAAGCGUUUUAGGUGCUCCGUUUACCGGCGGUAUAAUGACUUUGUGGUUUUCCAUGAGAUGCUCCUUCAGAAGUUCCCCUACCGUAUGGUCCCUGGCUUGCCUCCCAAGAGGAUGUUAGGAGCUGACCGAGAAUUCAUCGAGACCAGACGCCGUGCCUUGAAGCGUUUCAUCAACCUGGUGGCGCGACACCCUCCUUUUUCAGAAGACGUGCUUCUGAAGUUCUUCCUCUCUUUCAGUGGGUCGGAUGUUCAGAACAAGCUGAGGGAAUUGGUCCAAGGUGUGGGAGACGAAUUCAUGACCUGCAAGUUCGCAAUGCAGGCGAAGGAAUAUUUGCCAACAGACAUCCAAAUCCAGUUUGCGGCCAGCCGAGAAUUGAUCAGGAACAUUUACAACAGCUUCUACAAACUCAGGGACAGGACCGAGCGGAUAGCAUCCCGGGCGGUGGACAAUGCCUCAGACCUUCUCCUCUUUGGGAAAGAGCUAAGUGCUUUGGGCUCGGACACAACCCCGCUGCCUUCCUGGGCGGCUCUGAACCACAGCGCCUGGGGCAACCUGAAGCAGGCUUUAAAAGGCCUGUCCGUGGAAUUUGCCAUGCUGGCUGAUAAAGCAGUUCAACAGGGGAAACAGGAAGAGAACGACGUGGUGGAGAAACUCAACCUUUUCCUGGACUUGCUACAGUCUUAUAAAGAUCUGUGCGAGAGGCACGAGAAGGGCGUGUUGCACAAACACCAGCGGGCUCUGCACAAAUACAGCAUGAUGAAGAAGCAGAUGAUGAGCGCCACGGUGCAGAACAAGGAACCCGAGUCGGUGGAGCAGCUGGAAUCCCGGAUUGUGGAGCAAGAGAACGCAAUCCUGACCAUGGAGCAGCGUAACUACUUCUCCCUCUACUGCCUUCACCAAGAGACUCAGCUCAUCCACAUUUACCUUCCUCUCACCUCUCACAUCUUGGGGGCCUUCGUCAACUCGCAGAUCCAGGGCCACAAAGAGAUGAGCAAAGUCUGGAACGAACUGAAACCCAAGCUGAGCUGCCUCUUUGCGGGAAGCAGCGACGUCUUGAUGCUCCCCUUGUCUGCUCAAGAGGACAAUUUCCUUCCCAGUUAAUGUUUUUGGGAUUCAGGAUGGGAGGAGCUGGAAGGAAGGGGCUGCUCCUCAUGACACUUAACCGUACCUGUCCAGGUAUUCUUCUCUUGGCAAAUCCUAGCUUUGCCUCCUUAAGAGUGUUCUGCCCCAGCUACGGGUCCCAAGAAACAUAGCACACACACACACAGCUCCAAAAACUCCGUUUAAUACAAACAGACCCCUUUCAAAAUGCAGGCUUUAACCACCAAUGUCCUUAUCAGCCUGCUAUGAAUUACAGAGAUUAAACAAAAGUCCGACAAGGGUUGGCAAUCAGCCCAGAAACCAAGUUGUAACAAAAAAACUCACUCUCAAAAUGCUCCGCGUAGGACCAAACGUCAUUUCCAGCAACGUUUGCUAUCUGUGUGCGAACUUAAAUAGGCUAAGGGAGUGGCCAAUUAACCCCAAACCUUAUUCUCGAGGAGACCUCCUCCUCCUCCUGAGUAGGCACUCCUGCCUUUUGGCAGCCCUGCGUGCUCGAGCAUUGAGGAGAGGCUCCUCCACUUCACUCUCUUCACUCGAAGGAGCCUCUGGAGGUUCUGAAGGCACAGGCUGAGUCUCUGCCUCUGGCACCACAUCCUCUUCAGCCUCCUCGCUGUCCGACGCGAGCACCGGCUGCAUAGGCUGCUGGCACAACACCACACCAGCCUCCUCGUCGUCGGGAUCAGCCACAAUCCGCGCAGGCCGCUGGCGGGCCACAACAAAGAGCGUGAUUUGAGUGUGUGUGUAUGUGUGUCCCAUAAUCUCCAGUAUGUAGUGAUGUGGGGUUUUUUUCCCCCCUCAAAGACUCUCUUUUGUGUUUUCGUGUCAUUUUUAACGUCAACUGUGAAGGCUCAACAACAGCCCUCGGGGCAGGUUUGGGGAUGACGGCCUGCUCCCCUGUCAAAAGUGACAGAUGGGCUUGAGUGGCCACCUCCAACUCCAGGAAUAAAACCCAUCAUUUCAUGGGGAUUAAGGGCAGGGCAGCAAAUAUAUGCACCAUCGAUUAAAGGGGCACCGAGUUUCCUUAAAGAGCAUUCUGAGUGAAGCGACCAUCGUGAAGUUUUUUUCCCCUCUUAUUUUGUUUUGAAAAGCCAGAUGUUUCAAUGGAACAGAAGCGUAACUUUAGGGACAUGUAUGCUUCAGCAUUAGUUGGGUGGCAAUGCGACUCCGCGCCACGUAAGAAAUGGCCAGCUGCCUCACAGAGGACUAGACUCAUGAAUUCAUCUCUCAAAACACACUUCCAGCAUCUCAACUUUCUUAGAACUACGGGUACUUCUGUAGUUCUGACUUAUGCCAGCUCGUUUAAUGGCCGCUUGGACGGACUUUCGAAAAGCCAUUUUUAAUGAUGUAGCAAACCUCGUUUAACAAGAAGUGAUAUGUGACAGACCAAACCCAAAUGGCUUAACACUGUUUACCCAGAUCUGGUACACCCAGGAGCACAUUUCAACAAUAUGCUGGCUUACAGACGCCGGAGAGUAGCUGGCAUCUGACCAGCUUUCAAAGGCAAGUUUGUGUCCAGCAUUUGCAUAAGUCAGUCCUUCUCACGUGUAUACCUCAUACCUACCUUCCUUUUGAAUGAACGCAAACCCAGGAGUUUUAAGAGAUGGGAUGUUCUACAUUGCUCUGGCUGGCCCCUUGCUCUGGCUUCCUUCCUUCCUUCCUUCCUUCCUUCCUUCCUUCCUUCCUUCCUUCCUUCCUUCCUUCCUUCCUUCCUCCUCCUUUCCCAAGCUAUAGCAGACUUAUAUCCCAUUUCACAGUGCUUUUACAGCCCUCUCUAAGCGGUUUACAGAGUCAGCCUCUUGCCCCCAACAAUCUGGAUCCUCAUUUUACUCACCUUGGAAGGAUGGAAGGCUGAGUCAAGUUCGAGUCGGUCGGGAUCGAACUCCUGGCAUUGGGCAGAGAGAGCCUGCAACACUGCAUUGUAGCAACUGCACUAGUGGUGAAAUCCAAUUUUUUUUUACUACCGGUUCUGCGGGCAUGGCUUGGUGGGCGUGGCAGGGGAAGGAUACUGCAAAAUCUCCAUUCCCACCCCAUUCUGGGGCCAGCCAGAGGUGGUAUUUGCUGGUUCUCUGAACUGCUCAAGAUUUGCACUACAGGUUCUCCAGAACCUGCUGGAUUUCACCUCUGAAUGGCACCACUCUGGCUUCCUUCCUUCCUUCCUUCCCAAGCAAUAGCAGACUUAUAUACCACUUCACAGUGCUUUUACAGCCCCUUCUAAACCGUUUACAAAGCCAACCUCUUGCCCCCAACAAUCUUGAGUCCUCAUUUUACCCACCUUGGAAGGAUAGAAGGCUGAGUCAAGUUUGAAUCGGUUGGGAUCGAACUGCUGGCAGUGGACAGAAUCAGCCUGCAUUACUGCAUUCUAGCCACUGCGCCAACAAGGAAAGAAGGAAGGAAUUGGCUAGGGAAUUCUGGGAGUUGAAGUCCACAAGUCUUAAAGGGGGCAAGAUUGAGAACCUCGUCUGUAAAGCUUACUUCGUAGCAUCCCUGGGACAUAUUCCUUCUCCUGUCCAUUCGUGUUCCUCGUCAAAGCUAUCCAAAGCUUGGCUGAAGGUGUUGACCAGCUAAACACAGUGCCUUAUUCCAAUAUAGGUUUUUAAACCUCUAGACAAUCGUCUUACUAAUCAAAAUGAACCUGGCUUAGCUUCAGAAUCUUGGUGAAGUUAGCCAGGGGUGACCAGCCCUGAUGUUUGUGCCUUGUUAAAUAAAUAAAUAACAGCUGUAAAAAGCUUGUUCUGCUGGAUUAAAAAAAAAUAUGCUACAACUGCUACAAGAAAAGUCAUCUCUUCUUUAUUUUUGAGGAAGAUCUAUUUAAAAGUGGGACCACGCAACUUUUUUUUUAAAAAAAAAGCAAGAUAAUUAAGGCUUCAGGACCAAAGAAGCCACCUGAAGGGACUAAACGCCAAAUUCUCAGGAAAACAAAUUUUUGUCUUUUUUGUGUUUUCCAAGUCACGUCUUUGGUUUGGGAGGUGGGUGGGCUUCCUCCAGCCUCCUGGCAUUUAAUCUGACAUUUGUAAAAGAGUGUCCGCUUUGCAAAAAGUAUUGUUUUUUUUUUUUUUUUAAAUGAAGCACUUUAUUAAAUGGCAGAAUGUCUUUAAUUCCCACUUGGUAGACUUUAAUACAUGUUUAAGGAGUCUGACAUCCCCAGGCCCCCUGCCCGAAAAGUUGCAAAAAAAAAGAUCUAUUUGUAAGAAGAGAAAUUUGUAAAACUCUAUUAAAAGUUUGAAAGUUUA